GUAUCCUAAUUGGUUGGGGCUCAUAGUCUGCAUGUGGCAGGGGUUUGGCGGCCAGGUUUGGGACCUGCCUCCCUCCGGGUGAGAAUGUACGAACUUGGCGUUAUUGAGGUUUUGUAGACUGCCCCCCGCGAUCAAUUUUCCCGAAACAAGCAUCUUGCUGCCCUAGCAACUUAGUCAUUCCUGGGAUCCGAGUUCACGGAGAUCAAUUCCAGCUCUGGGCCCGUAACCUAUAAAGUCUGGAUGGGCCCCGCGGGGUGCGCGGCGAGGCCGGGGCGGUUCUUCGGCGUCUACCUGCUCUAUUGCCUGAACCCUCGGCAUCGGGGGCGCGUGUACGUGGGGUUCACCGUCAACCCUGCUCGUCGGGUGCAGCAGCACAACGGAGGUCGCAAAAAAGGCGGGGCCUGGCGGACGAGCGGGAGAGGACCCUGCGCCGCCCUGGGUGCGGCUGCCGCUCACCCUGCGCUGGCUGCGCCCCGACUUCUGCCGCGACCUCUGCCCGCCGCCGCCUCCGCACGUGCCGCUGGCCUUCGGGCCUCCGCUCUCACCCCAGGCCUGGAACGACAGCAAGCAGGAGACAGUCGAGGGUGCCGAGGACCAGUGCGCCCUGUGCGCCUGCACGCUCCAGGAUGAAGAGGUCCCUCUGCGUUGUCCCCAUCCCGGCUGCCCCCUGCGGGCCCAUGUGAUCUGCCUGGCAGAGGAGUUCCUCCAGGCGGAGCCAGGGCAGCUUGUGCCCCUAGAGGGUCAGUGUCCUAGGUGUAAGAAUUCGCUGCUGUGGGGAGACUUGGUCUCACUGUGUCGGAUGGGAUCUGAGAAAGACAAUGAUGACUCAGAUUUCGAAGAGGGACACUGGACAGACCUCCUGGAGACCUGAUCCUCAUUGUCCCCAACUACGCCCACUAUUUCUUUUGUAUUCCCCUUUCUGCUAGGAUCUGUGCAGUUUUUACUUGAGUAAAUAAAAACUCUGAAAAAGAA